GCUUGUCGAGGGGUUGUUCUUGCUUGUUGAAGCAUCCUUCGUGGCAGUGAUCGCGCACCAAUCUUCAUACGCACCUCGAUUUGAGCCUACCGACGCCCGCCUCCCUUGGCCUCCUCUCCCUCAUUCGGCCUUCAAUAAUUUCAGGCGCGUCAUCUCGCGGCGCUAAGCACGGGGGUUUGCCAUCGAGUGACCCAGCUCGGAAGCGCCUCAUAGGGCCUGGUAAAUACCUCCCGUUUCAUUUUGACUUUCUUCCCUUCUUCAUACCCGCUGCCCAAGAGGCUUCAUCUCUGAGUUGGUUCAAGAAUUGUACUGUACAACAACUGUUUGUCGUGUCGGGAAACACCACAGCAUUUGGUGUUCUAUGUCUCCCGAAUUUGAUCAGAGACGAUGCCUCCAACGCUCGUUCUCCUCCACAGUCCUUAUAUCCUCGCGUGCUCCUGCCACGAAUCCGCUGUCAAGGUGCUCGAAUGCUAACAAUCAACCGUUGAGGAGGUCGCUCACUGCGGUUGCAACAUCAACCCCACCUCUCGCUGAACGAUCAACGGUAUCGAGGACAGUCGACUCUCAGGCAAGACGGUUGAGGCAACGGGCCGACGGGGCCUUGGUUCCUGCUAUCGUUUCGAGGGGCCGAACUCACUACCAACCUGCAAAGAUGCCGUCAGCAGCUGGCCCGAGGAUUUAUGAGAGUCACAUACCAUCGUUCAUGUCUGUAUAUGACAUGGACUCAGCGGGCGUAGAGAGCCCGGCAUUGGGCCAUCCCCCAAAGUUGUCUGGAGCGACACGUACGAUUCAGCACCCCCUCCAGCAAUCUUCACAACACGCUAUCGAGAAAGAAAGCCCACAAAUACAUUCACACCAAUACCGAGAAAGCACAUCUACACAGGCUUCUGACUCAACCGACUCUUCCCCUACCACGACGAUCUCAACAGUCGACUCCUCCUCGUUAUCGGACCCCUCACCCAGCUCUUCUCCCGAAUCACCAAUAACCUUAGUACCGCUAUCCUCGUUUUCUGGGUCGACAUUUGGCUUAGAUUCCUUUCAAAGUCUGAAGAUGGAUGACACCAAUACCCCUCGUUUACCUUUGAACGACGACCGACCUAUGACCUCCCCAUUACCGCGCAAAGCAAAAAAUCCCAAAAGCCUCGCUCUUAACCUCAACUCAAGUAUUGAUUCCUUUCAAUCUUCUGAGCCUUCUUCCCCAUCAUUUAUAAAGCCCCCAACGUUGAAAGGGAGGCGGAAACCGAGCCUACUCAGUUUAAACACUGGAGCGGCCAACAAUCUUUCUUUAGCCAUCGAGCCAUUAGCAUCUCCAGGGAUGCCAACGAUGCUGCAACGGAGGAGUUUGAAGCAUUCAAUUUCGUCACCACAGAUGUUAUCGACUCCAAGUUUUGGUCCUAGUGGCGGCAUGACAUUGGGGGAAAGGAAACCUCUUGGUUCGUCAAGAUUCAAGGAGUCAAACCUCGCCAUGAACACCUUCACUAUUGAUGAAGACGCACACGAAGCCCCCGCUGCAGUGCAAAUGGCGACCCGAAUACCAGGAGUCGCUGUUGGCGGUGAUAGCUUCGACCGGCCACACUCAGGAGAAGAUGCGAAAUCUCCGUCAUAUCCAGAAGGCCCAAUAUUAAUGCAUGAACCCAGCGUUCAUCUUUACUUGGAACCAAAACUGGAAGAGGCAAUGAAGUUUGACGUUAUAAUUAACGUAGCGCGUGAGGUGAAAAAUCCCUUCAAAGCAUUGGACCCACAGGAGUCAAAAAAGGAAGACUCUGUGCCGGUUCCAGGUCGGACAGAAGUCACUCCAGAUGCCAAUGAAGCCCCCCCAGAUACCGCGGCUACGAUGAUGUCGUACAGUACUGCAUUCGAAGUACAACCAUCAAGCUCGACAGAAUCCUCACCGACAACACCGAAACCCUCGGUCGAGAAAAAGCUUCCAGAGUAUAUUCACGUACCCUGGGAUCACAACACAGACGUAAAGGAUGAAUUAUGGGACUUGUGCCAGACUAUAGAAGCCAGAACAAAAGAAGGGAAGAAGGUUCUUGUCCAUUGUCAACAAGGUGCCAGCCGGUCAGCCACCUUGAUUAUCGCUUAUGGGAUGUAUAUCAACCAGGAUCUGGGACCGAACGAAGCAUACUCGCUAGCACAGUCGAAAUCUCGCUGGGUGAACCCGAACAUGUCACUUCUGUUCUCGCUGAACGACUUCAAGAAAGUGAUUGAGAGGAAAAAGGCGGAGAAGAACAAUGCGAUUCGAAAGACGGUGAAGCACAGGCCGACCUUGUCCGCGGAUCAACCUCCCACUCCGUCCCGAGCAAGAGGUAACUCGACUCCAAAUGCUUCGGCGCGAGACGGUGCUCUGGCCAAACCAGAGGAGAAUAUCGAGCCAACCAUAACCGACUCGGCGAUUGAGAGGCUUGGAGGCUUCGAUUUUGGUUUCGGAGAUGUGUCCAUUAGCAACGAACGUCCAAAGCGUGAAGGCAAUGAGUGGGAAGACUUGAUGUCACCUCGCGUGACCGAAAUGACGAGCAACCCCCUUCAGAGCUUUUCCCGCAGUUUCGGAUCCGAAGCAGACGUUCCUCCAACGCCUAAUGUCUUCUCUCCUCGGCUCUUCGAGUUUCCUCGGUCCUCCUUCUUCCACACUCCGACGCAACGAGCCUCUCUGGCGUUGGACGAGGAUCCACGAAGUCCGCCCACCAAAGGCGAAGCGCCCAUCACCCGAUCUAUCGAUGAUUUCCUCUGAGCCAAGAAGAUCUUGAGUUUGACGAUAAUUUUGCAGCGAGAUAUACCACAUCAUGCGAGAUGAUGACACACUGGGUUGGAUUUAUGGCGUUAGAGUAACAUGCCGUCAUGAGGGUGCACGGCGUUGCAUAGUGGCGUUUGGAGCGAAUUGGGUGACUCGUCAUAGACGAUCCCCUUGUGUAUAAUAUAAC